AUGCAUACGGAGCGUGUAUAUGUUCGGACGGAGCUCGAUGUAGAUAAGUAUCGCUCGGAACUCCUUUGCUCCAAAUCAAGAAUCGCAUUCCUGAAGGUGAUGUUGCUGCCAAGGUUGGAACUAUCAGCAUUCUUGUUAGCACGACUGAUAAACAAGGUUCAAUUGGCAAUAGAUAUGACUAACAUUAAGGUGUAUCUGUGGUCGGACUCGACAAUUACGUUAAACUGGAUAGCUUCGGAAUCACGCAGAUUUUCAGUUUUCGUUGCAAACCGCGUAAGCGAAAUACAGCGAUUGACGCAAGCAACGGAUUGGAGGCAUGUGCCGUCCAACCAGAAUCCAGCCGACCUACUCUCACAAGGAUUAAAUCCGAGCGAUCUGAUUUACACAACAACAUGGUGGACAGGCCCUGAUUUUCUAUGA